AUGGCAGCUACUUCGCAUUCUCCGCUCUCAUCAGCUCUGAGCUUCUCUUUCUCUCUCAAGGAGAAGAAAUUGGGGAAUGGUGUUCGAUUCAUGAAACCGAGCUUUGUAUUCGAGACUCGGCUGAUUUUGCCUUCAAUACGAGCUGCUACGAACUUCUCUUCGUCCCUGGACACUGGUUUGAGCACUGAAUUGGACUCUGUUGCGAAUUUCAGUGAGAUCGUGCCUGAUACUGUUGUUUUUGAUGAUUUCGAGAGGUUUCCGCCAACUGCCGCCACUGUUAGCUCGUCUUUUAUCUUGGGUAUUUGUAGCCUUCCUGAUACUAAGUUCAAGAGUGCGGUCGACACUGCACUGGCUGAUUCUGUGUGUUACAGUUUGGAGAAAUCAGAUGAUCGGAUGGCUUGCUUCUUCAACAAGGCUUUGGUAAAUAUUGGAGGUGAUCUUGCGAAGCUUGUACCUGGUCGUGUUUCUACUGAAGUUGAUGCUCGUCUGGCAUAUGAUACACACGCCAUUGUUCGUAAGGUGCACCAUCUUUUGAAGUUGUAUCAUGAAAUCGGCAUACCUGCAGAGCGAUUGUUGUUUAAAAUUCCUUCAACUUGGCAAGGAAUCGAAGCAUCGAGGUUGCUGGAGUCAGAAGGCAUACAGACACAUAUGACUCUUGUUUACAGCUUUUGUCAAGCUGCAGCUGCAGCUCAAGCGGGUGCCUCUGUUAUUCAAGUUUUUGUUGGUCGGCUUAGGGAUUGGGCAAGGAACCACACUGGCGAUUCUGAAGUAGAAGCUGCUCUUAAAAGAGGAGAAGAUCCUGGUUUGGCUUUGGUUACAAAAGCCUACAAUUACAUCCAUAAGUAUGGGCACAAAUCAAGAUUGAUGGCUGCAGCAAUUCGUAACAAGCAGGAUGUCUUUAACCUGUUAGGGGUUGACUACAUUAUCUCCCCGUUGAAGAUAUUGCAGUCUCUAAAGGAGUCUGUAACUCCACCAGACGAGAAAUAUUCUCUCAUGAGGCGAUUGUCCACACAAUCUGCUGCCUCCUACACUUUUAGAGAUGAAGAGCUUGUUAAGUGGGACCAGUAUAGCUUCGCCUCGGCUUUGGGCCCCGCAGCCACUGAGCUACUAACUGCUGGAAUCAAUGGCUACUCGAACCAAUCAGAACGCGUGGAAGAAUUGUUUGGAAAGAUUUGGCCACCCCCAAAUGUAUGGAAGAAGACUCUAGUGGUUGUCUCGCACGACCGGGAUUUUCUCAACACUGUCUGCAACGAAAUUAUCCACCUUCACGAUCUGAAACUCCACCUCUAUAGGGGAAACUUCGACGAAUUUGAGGUCGGGUACGAGCAGCGCCGAAAAGAGAUGAAUAAGAAGUUCGAGAUUUACGACAAGCAGGUAAAAGCUGCCAAGAGGUCCGGGAGUCGAGCGCAGCAGGAGAAGGUCAAGGACCGAGCCAAGUUCAAUGCUGCAAAAGAAGCCUCGAAAAACAAGGGUAAAGGCAAGGUUGUUGAUGAAGACGAGCCCUUACCAGAGGCCCCGCAAAAAUGGCGGGACUACACUGUGGAGUUCCAUUUUCCCGAGCCAACGGAGUUAACCCCACCGCUUUUGCAGUUGAUUGAAGUUAGCUUUAGUUAUCCCAACAGAAAGGAUUUCAGGCUCUCGAAUGUCGACGUGGGUAUCGACAUGGGGACUCGUGUCGCGAUAGUUGGGCCGAAUGGAGCUGGAAAAUCGACCCUGCUCAACCUCCUUGCCGGAGAUUUAGAACCGACCGAGGGUGAAGUGAGAAGAAGUCAAAAACUAAGAAUUGGUAGAUACUCGCAACAUUUUGUGGAUUUACUGACGAUGAACGAGACUCCAGUACAAUAUUUGCUUCGUUUGCAUCCUGAUCAAGAAGGACUCAGCAAGCAAGAGGCUGUUAGGGCGAAGCUCGGCAAGUUUGGACUUCCGAGCCACAAUCAUCUUACACCAAUCGCAAAGCUAUCUGGAGGGCAGAAAGCACGGGUUGUGUUCACUUCCAUAUCCAUGUCCAAGCCACAUAUUCUGCUUUUAGAUGAACCGACCAAUCAUUUGGAUAUGCAGAGUAUCGAUGCCUUGGCAGAUGCACUUGAUGAGUUCACUGGUGGAGUUGUUCUGGUCAGUCAUGACUCGAGGCUCAUAUCUCGUGUCUGUGAAGAUGAGGAGAGGAGUGAAAUAUGGGUGGUGGAGAAUGGAACUGUCGAGGCCUUCCCAGGUUCGUUCGAAGAAUACAAGGAGGAGCUUGUUAAGGAAAUCCGAGCAGAGGUAGAUGAUUGA